AUGAAAAUCAGUGUAGUUCGCAUUCGUCCAUCGGCAGAGCAUCGUCAGCAAAGUGCCCCAAAAAUCAAAGAAGCAUCUGGUGCCCACGAAAACGUUCGGUUAAUUUGCAUUCGAAGCGCAUCGAGCUCAUCCCCAGGAGAAGCAGCAGCAGCCAUGCGAGUGCAGCUUUUCGGAGUCAUCGCCGUGGCCAUCGUGGCCGUUUCUGUGGUCCGCGAUGUUGGAGCAGAGCCGCCGGUGAACAACGCCUACUUGCCACCCAGUUCGCCCCAGCGCCCCUCCUCCAAGUACGGUGCCCCGCCCGCCAGCUCCUACCUUCCACCCGCCUCCGGACCUGCCCCAUCAUUUAACUCUGGUUCCUCCAGCAGCUAUGCAGCUCCAUCACUAAGCGCUUCUUCGGGUGGCCCUUACCCGGCACCUGCUCCACGCCCCUCAAGCUCCUAUGGGCCGCCUGCCUCUCGUCCCUCGUCCAGCUAUGGACCUCCACCCAGUCGGCCGAGCCAGUCGUACGGACCACCACCGCAGGCCAAGAAGCCACACCAUCGUCGCCCGUCCUCCAGCUAUGGACCUCCGAGGCCCGCUCCGCCCUCGCAGAGCUACGGUGCCCCGCCCUCUUCUAGCUACGGACCACCAAAGUCUGCUCCACCUUCCCAAAGUUAUGGUGCCCCACCAUCUUCAAGCUAUGGACCACCAAAGUCUGCUCCACCCUCCCAGAGUUAUGGUGCCCCUGCUCCACCUUCUAGCAAGUACGGACCACCCAAGUCGGCGCCAUCUUCGAGCUACGGAGCCCCCAGACCCGCAGCUCCUUCAUCGUCUUAUGGAGCUCCCGCCCCACCAUCAUCGUCCUAUGGAGCCCCUGCCCCACCAUCGUCAUCUUAUGGAGCCCCUGCCCCACCAUCAUCUUCUUAUGGAGCUCCUGCCCCACCAUCAUCUUCUUAUGGAGCUCCCGCUCCACCAUCCAAGUCUUAUGGAGCACCUGCUCCUCCUUCUUCAUCCUAUGGAGCACCAGCCGCACCACCAUCUUCAUCAUAUGGAGCCCCUGCACCACCCUCCAAGUCUUAUGGAGCACCUGCCCCACCAUCGUCGUCCUAUGGAGCACCUGCCCCACCAUCCCCAUCUUAUGGAGCCCCAGCACCGCCAUCGAAGUCUUAUGGAGCCCCCGCACCACCAUCGUCCUCCUAUGUAGCACCUGCUGCACCCUCUUCCUCCUAUGGACCACCAAAGUCUGCGCCCGCACCACCCUCCUCCAGCUAUGGAGCACCGCCUCAGGCUCCCACCAGCUCCUACCUGCCACCUGCAUCGCGUCCAUCAAAGCCCUCUCCCAACUACGGAGCACCUUUGAGCAGCUUUGUGCCCUCGGUUUCGGCGCCAUCGACCAACUACGGAGCACCUUCGAAGACCCAGAGCCUGGGCAGCAGUGGCUACUCCUCCGGACCUUCCUCAUCCUACGAUGCACCCGUGGCCCCGCCAUCGUCUUCCUACGGAGCUCCCUCUUCCUCGUUCCAGCCCAUUUCUCCGCCCUCGUCCAGCUAUGGAGCUCCCAGCAGCGGAUCAGGAUCAAGCUUCUCAGCAGCUCCUUCAUUCAGCAAGGGUUCCAGUGGUGGUGGUUCCUCCUACCACUCCGCACCAUCUAGCUCCUACUCAGCUCCCAGUUCGAGCUCAAACAGUGGAGGAUCUUAUCCCUCGGCACCUUCAUCAUCCUACUCUGCCCCCAGUUUGAGCUCAAACAGUGGUGGACCUUAUGCCUCCGCUCCGUCGUCUUCCUACUCGGCACCCAGCUCUGGCUCGAACAGUGGUGGACCUUACCCCGCUGCUCCAUCCUCCUCGUACUCCGCACCCAGUGCCUCUGCCAACAGUGGAGGAUCUUAUCCCUCGGCACCUUCAUCAUCUUACUCGGCACCCAGCUCGGGAUCGAACAGUGGUGGACCCUACCCCGCAGCUCCUUCAUCCUCUUACUCGGCACCCUCUUCCAGUUCAAACAGUGGAGGACCUUACCCAUCGGCACCCUCGUCUUCGUACUCCGCACCCAGUUCCAGCUCCAACACCGGUGGGCCCUAUCCUGCUGCUCCUUCAUCUUCGUACUCGGCUCCAUCUUCCAGUUCGAGCAGUGGUGGUCCCUACCCAUCAGCUCCCUCGUCCUCGUACUCGGCUCCAUCUUCCAGCUCGAACAGUGGAGGACCUUAUCCAUCGGCACCCUCUUCGUCUUACUCCGCACCCAGCCCGAGCUCCAAUAGUGGAGGACCCUACCCUGCAGCACCAUCCAACUCCUACUCGGCACCGGCCUCUCCGCCAUCUUCAUCGUAUGGAGCACCUGCCUCAGGACCGUCCUCCUCGUACAGCGCUCCCUCCUCCUCCUACGGAGCUCCCUCCACCGGAUCGGGUUCCAGCUCAUUCUCGUCCAGCCAUUCGUCAUCCUCGGGCAGCUACCCCUCUGCUCCGUCCAGCUCCUAUGGAGCACCAUCGGCUGGUUCUUCCCUGAACUUCCCCAGCGGUCCCUCGUCCAGCUACAGUGCUCCCCCGGCCGGUGGAUCCUCCAGCUCGGGACCCUACCCCAGUGCUCCCGCCCAGGACUCCGGCUACGAGUACAAUGCACCCAGCCAGGUGCCCGAGACCAUUCAGCAGGGUUACAGUGCCGACGGUGGCUACACUUACCGCAAGAAGUGAGGAGCAGAUAGCCACUGCAUUGCGCAUACGCCACGUGCCUUCGAAUACUCAAUCACCACCACCAUGUCAUCAUGUCAUUGUCGUCGCCAUUCACUCGCAACUGUAAAUUAUUCCCCAAAUGACAACUAAUUCGUCCAUUCUUCUUCUCCUUUCCCUCCCAAGGAAAUCUAGACGUAAUUCAUUGUACCAUUAGAUGUA